UGCCCAUCUCUCAGGAUGGGCCUGAACCAGCCUGACAGCGGGAGAGCGCCGGGCUUUGCUAAGUUCCUCCUGCCUUUCUUACCUCCAGAUCUGUUCACAACUGCCCACAAGGACUGCCCCCUGCCCCAGGGCACGGCCCCCCUGAACCCAGACUUGCGCUCCAGCCGCCCACCCAUCGCGGCUCCAGACCACGUCACUGGCAAGGACAAACAGAUGGAUUUCUGUUGGGAUCCUUGGCAGAGGUGCUUCCAGACCACCAACGGCUACCUGUCCGACUCCAGAUCCUGCUCCAGCAACUACAACGUGGCAGCCCUGGCCACCUCGUCCCUUGUGGGAGUGGUGCAGAGCAUCAAGGACCACAUCACAAAGCCCACGGCCAUGGCACGUGGCCGCGUGGCCCACCUCAUCGAGUGGAAGGGCUGGAGUGCCCAGCGCUCAGGCUGGGAGCUGUCCCCGGCUGAGGACGAGCAUUACUGCUGCCUCCCAGAUGAGCUGCGUGAAGCCCGCUUUGCCGCAGGGGUUGCCGAGCAGUUUGCCAUCACAGAGGCCACACUGAGCGCCUGGUCCUCACUGGAUGAUGAGGAGCUGCACCCAGAGGACAACCCCCAGGACAUCAUCCAGCUACAGGACCUGGAGAGCAUCUACCUUCAGGACAGCCUUCUGAGUGUCCCCUCUCAGGAUGACAGUCUUCUGGCCUUCUCCUCCCCCGGCCUCUCCCCCGAUGGCUGGCCCUCACCUGAAGAGCCCCCCUUCACAGCUGCUGGCUCACAGCCCCCCAGUCCCGAGCAGCAGCAUCGGCAGCGGCUGCCGGGGGCCCCAGGGCCGGAAGCUGGGGCCCGCCUGCAGGGCUCCCUCCCCUCGGUGGACAGCGGCUCCCUCUCGGAGGAGGAGGAGGAUGAGGUGUUCUAUAACUGAGGCGGAGGGGGUCCUGGAGCCUGCUCACACCGUGACCUUGCCUGGUGGGUAGCCCAGGAGUAUCAGGACACCAGAGUCUGGGCUGGGCAUCUCUUGACCCCUCAGGGCUGGCACAGGUGGGUGCGGCAGGGAUGGGGCCAGCACUCCUGGCAGACCACUGUGUGCUUCCGUGGACCUGCCCCCAGCAGUGGAAGCCGUAGUCCGCUUCUCUCUCUUGGCUCAGGCCGGCACCUUCCCCUGCAGCGUUUCUGCCAUCAGUGAGCUCGAGGACUCUCAGCAGACACUGGGGCAAGCCGCCCAGGCAGACAGCCACGGAAAGGCCUAGGAGACCCACUAGGGGAAGGGUCUGGGAACCCUGCCUGGACUCCAGGGCUCAGUCCCUCCCCGUCUCCCUCUGUGCUUCUGUCCCCCAUCAGAGGUGGAGAGGCCCCUUCUGGUAGCUAACAUCUGUUCCUUAGCUCUCUUCAUGAGGAUUCUUUCUCUGUCUGUUGGCCCCUCACUGUCUGAAUCUGCUCCCUGGUGCCCUGCUCCCCCUCCUUGCACCCUCCUCCCAUCUCCCUGAAGGUUCUCUGAAGACAUUAAAGCGGUGGAUUCACCCUGGA